AAAUAAGAAUUUAGGAGAGAGAGAGAGAGAGAAAAAAAAAGGAAUCUGAGGCGAUUGGGUAAGCGAUGCACAUCGUCUUCUCUGUCGAUGAUUUGACCGAAUCCUUCUGGCCCGUUCCCGCUCCGGCGCCGUCACCGGGAUCGACUCCGCUUCCGGCACCGCCGCAGAACAUGACGGACGGGAUGACUCGAAGUCAAUCGGAGUGGGCGUUCCACAGGCUUCUCAAUGAGUUGUCCGGUUCCGAUUCGAGCGCUACGACCAACACAAUCGAGAGAUCGCCUCCACCGGUUCAGUCUCUUCCGAGAGUGGAAGAAACCGUUGAAGAAACCGAAGAUGUUGUCGAGAUUCAGAAGCCGCAGCAGAGUCAUCAUCGUCUUCCUGCGGAUGAUCAAGGGAAUCGGAAUCGUGCUCCGUCGUCUGAUCCGUUGGAUUCUUCAGCUGGUGUUGAUCCUAAUCAGUACCAUGCGAUUCUUAAGAGCAAGCUCGAGCUUGCUUGCGCUGCUGUUGCUCGUCGUGUGGGAACUGUGAAACCGGAAGAUUCAAGUGCCUCAGCUAGCAAUCAAAAGCAAGCUCAAGGCUCUACUGUGGCACAAACCUCACCUGGUGCUUCAUCUGUUAAAUUUUCUUCCUCAACAAGCACGCAAAAGAAACCAGAUGUUCCAGCCAGACAAACUACCAGUAUUUCAUCACGAGAUGAUUCUGACGACGAUGAUCUUGAUGGAGAUGCAGAUAAUGGAGAUCCUACUGAUGUGAAGCGUGCUAGGAGGAUGCUCUCAAACCGGGAAUCCGCUAGGCGGUCCAGGAGAAGAAAGCAAGAACAAAUGAAUGAAUUUGAUACACAGGUAGGCCAAUUAAGAGCUGAGCAUUCAACUUUACUUAAUCGUCUCAGUGACAUGAAUCAUAAGUAUGAUGCAGCUGCUGUUGACAACAGAAUUUUAAGAGCUGAUAUCGAAACUUUGAGAACAAAGGUUAAGAUGGCAGAGGAAACUGUGAAAAGAGUGACGGGAGUGAACCCUUUGCAUUGGGCAAGACCAAACAUGGGCAUACCAUUCAACAACACACCGAGCGCUCCCACUAGAAUCCCGCCAAACGCUAACCACAUUGUGAAACCAGGAAUCCCAAGCACCACCACCACCAGUGCGGGUUUAGCACCAAAUCAGAGAGCAGAGGCGGCAAAUUUCUUGCCGGAACAGGUAAAUCGUGACGGCAUGCAGAAUCCAUUUGCUCCUGAUUCUAAUAUGUAUGAAACCCUACCCCAUUGGAAUCACAAGCAUUAGCCAUAAGAAGACUCACUGGUUUUGUAAUUUUGAGACAACUAUUGUCUGUAUUUUUUAUUUACUGUGUGACUCUUUGUAAACUUCUAAUCCUUUAUCUAUAUUAAUCGAAA